UCACAUCAAAUCCCCUCUCCAUUUUAACCCUCCCAGGCUCAUUCCUUCUCAUCCAGUAGCUGCCUCAAACUUGUUUUUUUCAAGCUCUAAACACUUUGAAUACCCCUUCUCUCACUCCCCUCCACUCACUUUGAAUCAGAGUGUGGCAGCCAUAGUGUUUGGAGAUGGGCCACAUUGGGGGCUAUAUCCACUGACUAAGAGAAGAUCAGAGGCUGCACUUCCCAUUGCAGGGAACUAUAGGCUUGUAGAUGCUGUAAUGAGCAACUGCAUUAACAGCAACAUUACCAAGAUAUAUGCACUCACACAGUUCAACUCCACUUCUUUGAAUUCCCACCUUUCAAGAGCUUAUUCCCGUGCCCGGAUCGGGAAAGACGGAUUCGUCGAAGUCGUGGCCGCCUACCAGAGCCCCGAAGGCAAGGGCUGGUUCCAGGGAACUGCAGAUGCCAUAAGGAGAUGUUUGUGGAUAUUGGAGCAGUAUCCAGUCUUCGAGCUUCUUGUUCUUCCCGGCUACCAUCUAUACAAAAUGGACUACCAAAAACUGAUUGAGGCUCACAGGAACAGCAAUGCAGAUAUCACAGUUGCUGUCUCUACUAAUACUACUCCUACGCACAGUACUGAAGAUUCAGAUUUUGGAUAUUUCCAUGUAAAUACUGAAAACCGAGUCACAAGCUUUAGUGAUAAACCAGAAACCAAAGGCACCCCAAGUCCUAGGACGGGCGACAUUGAUGGCACUUUUCCUAGCAUGGAAAUCUAUGUGAUUAGCAGAGACACAAUGAUAAAGUUGCUCACAGAAUAUUUACCAAUGGCCAAUGACUUGAGAAGUGAGGUUAUACCAGUUGCAGUUUCCUUGGACAUGAAGGUUAACGCGUAUAAAUUCAAUGGAUAUUGGGAGGACAUGAGGAAUAUCGAAGCAUACUAUCGUGCAAAUUUGGAGAGCACCAAGAAGACCAGCAUGGCAUACAACUUCAAUGAUACAGAUUCUCCUCUCUACACUUUACCUCACCAUCUCCCUCCAAGCAUCAUAACAGAUUCUGUUAUAACCGACUCUGCCAUCGGAGGCGGCUGUAUUCUCAAUAGGUGCAAUAUCAAAGGCACCGUGGUAGGGAUGAGGACAAGAGUGGGAGAAGGUGCGGUGCUUGAAGAUUCAAUUGUUCUUGGAUCAGACAAAUAUGAGAUGGUUGCCAUGGAAGAUGAUGUUUUUCGCAUCCCAGCUGGGAUCGGGGAAUGCUCGCGCAUAAAGAAGGCCAUACUCGACAAGAAUGUGAGGAUUGGCAAAAAUGUCAAGGUAGUGAAUAGGGACAAUGUGGAGGAGGGGAACAAUGAAGCAAAGGGAUACAUUAUUAGCAAAGGGAUAGUAGUGAUCUUGAGAGGUGCAGUAAUCCCAGAUGGAAGCAUUAUUUAACGGACACACAAAAAAAUCAUGUCCCUCGAUGAUGCAAUUUUAUCAUUUUUUAGUCCACUAUUCUUGAUUCUA